AUGCAGCCAGAGAAACUUAGUGAAGAUAAACUUAUUGAUAUAAAGGAGGAAAGCGAUUGUGACAAAAAGGAUGUAGAUGCCCCAGAGGAAAAGAUCGACAAUGCCUGUCUUGCUGCUGAUGACUUUAGAGUCAAGGAUGAGACAGAGCUGGCCAUGCACCAGUCUGUGGAGAGUGACAUCCAUGGGCUCCACAAGAUCAUUGAUGACACCAAUGUCACUCAGCUGCAGCUAGAGACAGAGAUCAAGGCUCUCAAGGAGGAGUUGCUCUUCAUGAAGAAGAACCAUGAAGAGGAAGACCUCACCAAAGUCAUGGCAGACAUCCAGGCCCAAUAUGAUGAGCUGGCUUGGGAGAACCAAGAGGAGCUGGACAAGUACUGGUCUCAGCAGACUGAGGAGAGCACCACAAUGGUCACCACGCAGUCCACCAAGGUUGGGGCUGCUGAGAUAGCAUCACGGAACUGAGACAUACCACUCACGGAACUGAGACAUACAGUCCAGUCCUUGGAGAUUGACCUGGACUCAAUGAGAAAUCUGAAGGCAAGCUUGGAGAGCAGCCUGAGGGAAGUGGAGGCCCGCUAUGCCCUACAGAUGGAGCAGCUCAAUGGGAUCCUGCUCCACCUGGAGUCGGAGCUGGCACAGACCCGGACAGAGGCACAGCACCAGGCCCAGGAGUACAAGGCCCUGCUGAACAUCAAGGUAAAGCUGGAGGCUAAGAUCGCCACCUACUGCCGCCUGCUGGAAGAUGGAAAGGACUUCAAUCUUGGUGAUGCCCUGGACACCAGCAAUUCCAUGCAAACCAUUCAAAAGACCACCACCUGCCAGAUAAUGGUCACAAAGUGGUGUCAGACAUUAAGCCAGCAGAAGCAGGACUGUAAGCUCCGCAAGGACAAGAACAGAGUCUGUCUUCGUCGCCACUCUGUCCCCAGUGCCUGGCAUAGAAUGUAG